GGUGAAAUGAAUGAAUUUAUCAUGUAAUAUAUGAAUGAAUUACAAUAUUAACUAGUGUGAGGUUUCACAAGAGUGUUACAUCUGGAUUACUAUAUAGAUAGUGAUUCAUUCCCCAAGCGUUCGGAUUUUAAUUCUUUUGAACAGCUCGGAAAAACCUGUCACGUCAUUUUAAAGCAAUUGUCUUCACAGGAAACGAAUCAAGUGGCCAUUAAUUGAGUUUAUAUAUGCGAGUGUGAUUGUUUAUUCAUCUAAAUACAAGCGGCAGAUGCAACUCAAGUUUCACCAGUUAACGACUAUACAUAUUGAGGUUUUAUAGGAUUUUCCUUAAUUUCGAAAAGGACUACGACAGAUAGAAAGCGGAAAAUUUAGUUCGAGAGACAAGAAAUAAUUGCCUGGAACAAUAGAGAGAGCUAAAUGAGACACAAGACUAAUUAACAAGCAAGAUGAUUAUAAGCACAGUGAACUUUGUGAACAAUUACAAAUUCAGUGACUUUAUUCUUGACAAAAUCUCAGAGGAACAGAAGAUCUUGGAUGAAGAAGUUAAGAAAGCCAACAAAAGACAUUCAUUAUGCUUGACAACAUCUCCAAAGGAAGUGGACUUUGACAGUAGAAAGAGAUCGUCGCUGAAGGCAAGGUUCUCAGGAGAUAUAUCGAGAACACCGAAACAAAGUGAUGCGAGCCAACAUCCAACCAUCACCAUAGAAACAACGGACGAGUUCCGGCUUGCGGCAGAUACAACUAGUCUUCACGUGGCUCUGAAAAAAUCAGCAGAGUUAACAGAAAAUAAUGUGUUCAGAAGAAUAGAUUGUGGUCAAGACCCCGAGGGCCACGGACGUUUGAAUGUGUUCCAGUUGCAUAGCAACCCAUCGUAUUACCUAGCAACAACAAAUUUACGACAUUUAGAAUUACAGAGCUACUGUGAUGACACUCUGGAUCCUGAAUGCCCAGAUGAAAGAUUUUUCCGCUGUUUUCAUUCAAUUUAUGGAGCAGAACUGGUGCAACCCUACGCACACAAAGGGUACUAUAUUCACCACAUAGACAAUUUUAUCAAUGUAAGGAAGUUUGAACUGAACUUCAGGCCGCCAGAGGAGUUCUUUUUCAACUUUGAAAUUAGAACUACACAAGAAAUCCGCAAAAUAGAAUCCACCAAAACUGUUCCAAUGAAUACUUCAUCGAAUAAUUUACUCACAGUUAAAGACGUCACAUCCGGUACAAAUGGAAGUGACAGCCAAUCAAAUUCGUUAACGAGAACUGUUGUUCCUGACAUUUCCAAGUCAAGCUUGAAGAGAAAAGACUCUAAAAAAGGAAAAAAUAAAACCAAAGACAGUCCAAUCACUCCAAAGAGCGGAAUGUUGAGUUGCUUUGGUCUAUCUGGCCUGAAGAAAAAGAAAGAUAAAAGCAAGCGGUGACUUAUUUCUUAUCAAAACCAGUAUUUUUGUAAAUAGUCUGUGUUUCUUUUGUUUGUUUGUAUUUAUUUAUUUAUUUAUUUAUUUUCAAACUGGACCCCAGAUACAUUAUGAUCUGUUUUGGUUUAAUCCUCUUUACCUGUUAUUACUUAUAAAAGUAGAAAAAAAUCUAGAAUAAACUCUGUUUUUAAAUACUUGAUUUUAUGCUGAAAACUCCUUGAAAUGAAAGAAUGAGGUUUUUAGCUAAAAUGAUUGAAAAAUUGGAAGCUGCACACUAUUUCUGUCCACAAUGACAGCUAAACAUGAGAAAAUAAAUGUUUCGAAUAUUCAUCACUUAAAGAAAAAAACUUUAAAUUGAUAUCUUAGUUUUGAAUUAAGGUAGCAUGUUUCAGAACAUUCUGUAGAUGACAGUUUAUUACAAGGUAGUAAAACAAUCUCCAUACCUAUUCACAGCUUUUCUUAAAUUUGUUAGCAACUUUAUGACCACUUAGUUCUUCAUGACAAUUGCUUAAAUACGGGUUGGACUAUUUUCUCAGUUUUCCCAUAUAGCUAUGUUCCCAAUCCCGCUUCUAUGGAAAACAAAUUAAUGAAGUUGAGGAGAUUGACAUUUUAAAUUAUCAUUCAUUCUCUAGGCAGUUUAUUUUGUCUCAGGGGUCCUAUUUUCACGUGCCAUGCACGUUCUGUACCUGCGCAUGGUAUUACAUUUAGUGUUGCCGAAGCAGACGAGAUGAAUAGUUCAAUUCUGUAUGAUUUUUGAUAUUGUAUAGAUGUUGUUGUUACAUGACUCAUUAUAUAAAUCACCAGUCCAUAGUUUGUGCUAUUGACCAGUCUAUAGUUCGGCACAAUUGACAUUAUUAUAUGACAUCAGUAUGUACAUACAUGCAUCGGUUUUAUUUUGGAAUUUUAACUGAAUAAUGUUAGCUGCAAAAUCAUUAACACCUAUGUGUACAUGUAUAUAUCAAUUUUUAACAAAACUAUGUAUAUAAGAUGCAAAACAAAUAGCUAUAUCUUACAAGAAAAUGUUAAAACAUAGGACAUAUUUCAUAUUUUCGCGGGAAUACAUUCUUGCGGAAACACAUUAACAAGAUAGUAAAUUUAUUUCCGGGAUGAUUUUGUUUCCUACUGAUGCCUGUAUAUAAAUAUUUACUCUUUUUAACAUGUUAUGUUGUUGAGAACGGGACGUGCGUAUUUGAAGAACAACAAAUAAAUAUAUCGAGUAAAAUUAAUAAAAUCUUUCAUCCCAGGCAUUUAAAUAAUGGUAUUUAUUUCACGUUUGUAUGACAUCUAACUUGAAAAAAAUCUGAAAUUACAAAUGCAUUUACAGACAACAUUCAUUAUAUAAGUCAAUGUUUAUUUUGGCCAAAAGAAAGAACUUUCUCAAAAGGAAAAAUUCACAGCAUUGACAAUUUUUACAGUUAAGUGCCAUAUUAUUUACAAAAGAAUACAAGUGGUGCUAACCGAAAAUAAAAAAGUAAAAGAUCAA